CAUCAUGUUCACGACCGCGAUCCUUCACCUCCUCUGGGCAUGUCCCAUCAAUGUCUGUACUGACCUGGAGCCCGAAUUUCCGCAGCAAUUCUUCAAAGCCAUGGUGGCAACCUUCUAUUUCAUGGGAGGCCGAUAUGAUCCUGUCUCCAGCCUUUUCGUCUCUGAUAAUUACGGGUUCCUUUUACUGAUGGUCGUCAACCUUUUCUUCACCGGAAUCCUCAUGAUGAAUGUCCUCAUUGCGUUGAUUAAUGUUGCGUUCACCACCGGUGACGAAUCAUGGCAACUGGUUUGGCUCAAGAACAAGCUAAGAUACAUCGAGAGUGCUGAGAAUAUGACUUUUCAUAUCCCAGGCUUUAGAGAGGCCCACGACUGGUUUCCGGACGAGAUAUACUACUCAGCAACGCCUCAGCAGGUGAAGGCCUACGAGGAGAAGUAUCUUGAGAACAGUAACAAGAGCUCUGGUUCUUUGCGAAAGCUGUUUGGGCAGACGUCCUCCACCACCGCAGCUGCAGCUGCGGCUGCUUCUGAUGCCGCCUCUGCCUCUGCCUCUGCCUCUGCUGACGCAACAAUUACAACUCCUCAUUCUCAGGGUGACAGUAGUCCAGCCAAAACAGAUGACGCAGCGACUGCCAACACAUCAUCCAAAGAGGAUAUAGAGAUGCCACGGGGAGCAGAUGAAGACGACUUGGACGCAAGAAUUCAGAGGAGUAGGUUUUUAAGGGGGAGGGUGAAGGAAAGAGUGAAGGAAAGAGUGGGGGAAGGGCAGGAGGACAUGUUGAAGGAACUAUUGACGGUACAGCUGAAGGAGCACUUGGCAGUACAACUGAAAGAGGAACUGACAGUGCAGUUGAGGGAACAAUUAACAUUGCAACUGAAGGAGCAAUUGGCAUUGCAGCUGAGGGAGCAGCUGGCAAUACAACUGAAGGAAUUACUGGGGACACAAUUAAAGGAGCAAAUGGCAGCGCAGCUUGAAUCGUUGCAGGAUAACCUGGUGAACCUAUUAACAGCCAAGUCCCAAGAUAACGCGUAGAACAACGACCGUAUCUUUUUCCUUUUUUUUUUUUAAGGCCGUUCAGGUCGUCUGCGCCCAAGUGAUAUCGCGCUUAGAUUC